AUGAGAUUCUUCAUUCUAAUCUUCCUUACCAUUUUUGUCGUUAGCCUUUUGGCUGAUGAUGUUGUACCUCCUACUGUCGUUUCAGGGGAUGCAAUUGCAAGUCAUCCAAUUAGAGUUCUCAUGGUAGCUGGUAGAGGAAAAUGA